UUUCCUCUUUCUUAGACAUUUGUCAAAGUAUGGGGACCCUCGUACAUUUCACCAUCGCUAUUCUACUGACUUUUAUCCUUCAAGCAGAGCCCAGUGCCGAGACCCCUGUGUUUGUGCUGAAGGGACAGGAUGUUCAUCUGGAUGUCCAGACAAAUAUUACACUGAGAAAGGAUAUUGAUGUGCUAUUUUGGAAUUUUGAAACAUCAGUCAAUGUUGCAAAGUACCCCCCAAAAGUAACCUUUGAAAGGUUCAAAGGUAGGGCUGAAAUUAUUGAGGGAAACUUCUCUCUGCUACUGAAGAACCUACAGGAAGGAGACAGUGGAUGUUAUACUGCAGUAGUGUCUGGUAACAAAGACACCAACGUUACUACAUACAUGUUGGUAGUCCAAGCGAGGGUUGAGCCUCCAGUCCUGACAGUGAACUCUGUCUCCUCCAUCAAUGGCACCUGUAAUGUGACUGUGACCUGCAGAGGCCAGAACAGCUCUGUCACCUCCAUCUGUAACAACAGCACCUGCUCUCAGGUGGGAGGAGAGAGUAGAGGGGCUGAGACCUCCACUGUCCCCCUGCUCUCUGUCUAUGUGGCAGGGGGUUCCAUCAUCUGUAACCACAGCAACCAAGUCAGCUGGGCCAAAGACACCAAGGAGAUAAUGGAACUCUGUCGAAUGACAUCUGGAGUCACACCUUUGCCGUAGCAAUCUUCAGGACGAAACGUUCUCACCGAAGUCCUGGGGUCACUGUCACCACCAGGAGAGGUGUGAAGACUGAUGAAACUUGAAUCAACGAAAUGAAUGUUAUUGUGUGAAUUAAUUUGUCAUGUUUGGAUUGUUUCAAGAGUUCAUAAAGAGCUAUGAAUGUUUAUGUUUUAUUGUACUAUAAGUGAUAUGGAUUCAUUGUUACAGACAAACUAUAUUAUUCUGUUCGUCCAAUGGUGGAUAGUUCAAAGAGGAGCGACACAGGGGUGUCUUGUCAUACAGUGUUGAAGUGUGGUGAUAAGAUUAGAGAAUGUGUGUGAAGUUUCAUGUCUUUUGUUUUAAUGUUUUGGGCCAUGCAAAGUCAUGUUAAUUACACAAUGGGAGAUACUGGGAUUGGGCGCUCUUGGAAGAAUAAAAGCUGGGUUUACAUUUUUAUGACGGAGUCAUUGGUUAACCAAUGAAACAUAAUAAUUUUGUAGGUGGUGAAAUUUCUAUGCUGUUAAGAUUCAGGAUAUUUUGUAUUCUUCUUAAUGUGAAGAUUUCUGGUAUGUACCAUUUGCUAAUUGUAUUCUUAUUGUGUAACUGUAAUAAAUCUGAUUACUUUUAAAUGGA